AGAGCUGCUUUGCAACAACUUCAUAGCGGCCACGCAAGUCGCACCGUACCCGGCCCAAAACAAAAUCCCAUUAACUGUCGACACACAACGCCCUCAACUCAGACACAACUCACCACAACCACAAAAAUGGCCGCCAACCUGCACCCCGAAACAAACGGCACCGUAAGCGAUGACUUCACCAUCAAGGCUGGCCUGGCCCAGAUGCUCAAGGGCGGCGUCAUCAUGGACGUGACCACCGCCGCCGAGGCCCGCAUCGCCGAGGAAGCCGGCGCUGUGGCCGUCAUGGCGCUGGAGCGCAUCCCCUCCGACAUCCGCAAGAUGGGCGGCGUGGCGCGCAUGUCCAACCCCGAAAUGAUCAAGGAGAUCCAGGCGGCUGUGACCAUCCCCGUCAUGGCCAAGGCCCGCAUCGGCCACGUCGUCGAGUGCCAGAUCCUCGAGGCCCUCGGCGUCGACUACGUCGACGAGAGCGAGGUGCUGACGCCGGCCGACGACCAGUACCACGUGCAAAAGUCCGACUUCAAGAUCCCCUUUGUCUGCGGCUGUCGCAACCUCGGUGAGGCCCUCCGCCGCAUCAAGGAGGGCGCCGCCAUGAUCCGCACCAAGGGCGAGGCCGGCACCGGCGACAUCGUCGAGGCCGUCAAGCACAUCCGCACCGUCAACGCCGAUAUUGCCCGCGCCAAGGCGGCGCUCGCUACCGACGGGGACCUGGGCAUUGCCGCGCUGGCCCGCGAGAUUGGGUGCGAUGCCGCCCUGCUGAAGCAGACGGCUGAGCUGGGCCGGCUGCCGGUCGUCAACUUUGCCGCGGGCGGUGUGGCGACCCCGGCUGAUGCAGCCCUGAUGAUGCACCUGGGCUGUGACGGCGUGUUUGUGGGCAGCGGCAUCUUCAAGGACGCCGAGACACCUGAGCACGCUGCCAAGAGGGCGAGGGCUAUUGUCAAGGCGACGGCGCACUACACGGACAAGCAAGCGCUGAUUGAGGCCAGCAUUGAGCAUGGUGUGGCCAUGAAGGGCAUAAGCAAUGCCGGGUUGAAGCCCGAGGAGAAGAUGGCUGGCCGGGGCUGGUAGGAAGCGCAAAGGGGAUGAUGGUUGUGUUAAUUUUAGGCUGUCUCAUGAAUCGUUGGGGGUCGUGGACUAGAGUCUCAACACUGCAGCCCGCGGCGGUUGUGAGUUAAGAACGAGUCAUAGCGAGGUGGGAUCAUGAUUCAAUGUAGGAGCGUUAACGGUGCUUUCUCAACAUCAUACCGGGCACGGAAGGAUAAGGGAACAAAAGUUCAUACCAAGGGACAACUCACAGUGCAUCUCUGUGCGAUAUACAGGUUCAUUUCAUUCCAUCACGCUCUCCAUCUCUGGCCGAGUCUUCGAUGCGGUUAUGGAUACACCUGGUCUGCGGUUUUCUAUCAUUCGUAUUUCCAUUCAAAACAACUGAAACUAGAAUCCGAUAUGCUUCGGUUUGACGUGUCGGUGAACGUAUGUAUCAUCGAAGUCGUCUGAAGUUAUCCGAGAUCUUCCUCGAAUACCGUCAACACGACAACUGAUCUGCAA